AUGCCGAAUUCCCAAGCAAAUCUUUCGAAAGUUUUCUUCUUAUGGCUUUUUAUUGCUACCAUGAGUCUUGAAGUGUCUAGCAGAGCACCCGCGAAAUAUUUUGUUAGAUGGCGAACUCCUGCCGGUGCCGUCUCAAUCCCUCGUGGUGAAGCAGAAUUCACAUUAAAACGAGAGAGUAAAUGCAAUAUAGCAGAUAAAGACGAAAACUUCGGUGCAAAAUUUUCCCCCAGCGAACCAACUAAUUGGCAUUUAAAAAUGACUCACGCGAAAGAUACACCAUCCACCGACCAGAAGGGUCGUUGCCAAGCAAGGAGUAAAGCUACCCUGGAGCUCAGUGAUCCCGAUGGACUAAUAAAAAUCCACAUCCGACUCAAUCAGUUGUGUUCCGAUGAAACAUGCGAUGUCGACGAUCUUAGUGGACAAUUUUCAUGUGGCGUUAUAAAAACCACGGAAUACUCCCCUGUGUUUUUCUCAGUCAAUCUUGGCCAAGAGGCUAGGUGUGAAGGACCAUAA